AUGUCAAGGUUGGCGUUUAAGCGUAUACGCCCAUAUUUGUUAACAAGUAGUUAUAUUUAUCAAAAUGAUUUUUAUGCGGGUGAUGAUAAAGAAAAUCAUUAUAUUAUUGUUGAGAAACUUGAAACUUCCCCUGAAUCAUUAGUGACAAAAAAUUCAGACGUAAGUUUAAAAGAUGCUAUUUCAGUUGAUACAUUUAACACAGCAGCAAGUUCCGAAAAUAUUGAUAUAUCAAAUGAUGAAUCAGAAACAUCUUAUUUGGGUAAAUUAGAAUAUUCCUUGUGUUAUCGU